AUGAUGCGCAAUCUUAUCUCAAGUCUGUGGGCUCUUUUCUUGCUAGCCGCCGUCGCCCAGGCGCAGUUCCAGUUCUUCGAGCACAUGUUUGGCGGCAACCAACAACAACAAGCCCAACACCAGGGGUCUCAGAAUGUCCCUAGCGAUAGCGGUCGGUACCAGAAGAUGUGGGCUCAAGCACAAUGUAGCAACUACCUCUGCCCCGGAACCCUCGCAUGCGUCUCCUUCCCACACCAUUGCCCAUGUGCUCACCCCGAUGUUGAAGAAAAGGUCGAGCUAGGAGAGGGCAGCGCGAUCUGCGUAUCCAAGGGUGGGUACAAGGCUGGCGAGGCGGCCCGGAAGAUUGAGCUAGCUCGCAAGGGUCUUCUGUGA